UUGGUUAAAAUGGCGGCCGCCUCCGCCUCCGCCGCCGCUCAGGGCGCCCGAGACGUCUCUGGCUGGACGGCGGAAACGGGGUUGUUUGAAGGCGGAGGCAGCCAGCCGGCUGGGCGUCUAAGAUGGCGAUGAUGGGAGGAAGUUCCUUGAGCAUCGUGGAGUACUUGGGGGGAGACGGCGGCUACCGGUGCGGCUACUGCAAGAACGACACCGGCAACUGCUCCCACGGCAUGUGGAGUCAUUCACUGGCUGUUCAAGACUACCAAGAUCUUAUAGACCGAGGAUGGCGAAGGAGUGGAAAAUAUGUUUAUAAGCCCACUAUGAAUCGGACAUGUUGUCCUCAAUAUACAAUAAGGUGCCAAGCAUUACAUUUCCAACCUUCCAAAUCACAUAAAAAAGUUUUAAAGAAAAUGUUGAAAUUUUUAAUAAAAGGAGAACAUUCUAAAGCAGAUAUUGAAGUAGAUCCCAUGGAGUCUCUCACCAAAGAGGCUGAUGGCUGUAGUUUUUCACUAAAAAGCCCACCUGUCAGAAGCCAAUCUGAACUGCGACCCCUCGACACUGUCCCUACAGAAGAGGAAGAAAUGACAGAAGAAACAAACAUAAAUGAAGUGGACUCGAAAAAUUCUGAAUUGUGUAAUGAGAAAUCAAAUGCCGAUUCCAGUAAGCCAUUACAGAUAGCUCGUAUUGGACACGUUACUCCUAAGCCAGGCAGAGGAGCUGACUUGAGUAAACCACCAUGUCGUAAAGCAAAAGUCAUACGGAAGGAACAAAAGUUGCAGAAAAAACUUCAGCGCCAGACAUGGCCUGUUCCACUUCAAGCAGGGGCUCAGAGUUUGACCAGUGAGAACUGUCGUCCUAAAACAAACCAGCCAAAAUCAAUUGAAGACUUCAUUUUUGUUACCUUACCUCCUGAAGCUCUGCACCAGAUAGAGGUGAGGCUGGUGCGAUCAUCUCCACCGAGUUCCCAGUUCAAAGCCACCUUUCAGGAGUCUUACCAGGUUUAUAAGCGUUACCAGAUGAUUAUUCACAAGGACCCUCCUGGUAAACCAACCACCAGUCAGGUGAGGUUAGUACCAGUUUCUUUUGAGGACCCACAGUUCAGUUCAUCUUUCACCCAAUCUGCCACUUUAUUUGCCAAGUAUCAGAUGACCAUACACAAGGACACUCCUCUUGAAUGUGACGAGGACCAGUUUACGCGAUUCCUCUGUGAUUCUCCACUUGAGGCAGAACAUUUACCGAAUGGUCCAGACUGUGGCUACGGUUCUUUCCACCAGCAAUAUUGGUUAGAGGGCAAGAUAAUUGCUGUGGGUGUAAUUGACAUCCUUCCAAAGUGUGUAUCGUCUGUGUAUCUCUACUAUGAUCCUGAUUUUUCUUCUCUGUCUUUGGGUGUCUACUCUGCAUUAAGGUAAG